AUGGACGCCAUCGGUGUACUCCUCACCUUUCCCAUGUCUUCUUACCUUGAACAGGAACUCGAUAAGCGCUUCAAUCUCUUCCGCCUCUGGAAUUUCCCUCAGAAAAAUGACUUCUUCAAGGACAACUCCGGUUCCAUCCGAGCCGUUGUCGCAAAUGUUAACGUCGGUGCCAACCGAGAAUUAAUUGAUUCGUUGCCGGCUCUCGAGAUUGUAUCAUGUUACAGUGUAGGGUUAGACAAGGUAGAUUUGCGACAUUGUAAGCAGAAAGGAAUUAGGGUCACCAAUACACCUGAUGUAUUGACUGACGACGCUGCUGAUUUAGCGAUUGGAUUGAUGCUGACGACCUUAAGAGGGAUCAGUGAGUGCGAUCGGUAUGUUAGAGGUGGAUUAUGGAAGAAAGGUGACUUCAAAUUGACUACUAAGUUCAGUGGCAAAAAGGUGGGAAUCAUAGGUCUAGGAAGAAUAGGGACAGCAAUUGCAAAGAGGGCUGAAGCAUUCAACUGUCCAAUAAGUUACUAUUCCAGAUCACAAAAACCAGAAUCAAAUUACAAAUACUUCCCCAGUGUAGUUGAAUUAGCUUCCGACUGUGACAUCCUUGUUGUGGCGUGUGCACUAACCGAAGAAACUCGCCACAUCAUCAACCGCCAAGUCAUCGAUGCACUGGGUCCCAAGGGUUUUCUCAUCAACAUUGGGAGGGGCCCACACAUUGAUGAACCUGAACUGGUAUCCGCUCUUGUUGAAAGGCGGAUAGCAGGUGCAGGUCUUGAUGUGUAUGAGAAUGAACCACAUGUCCCUGAAGAGCUUUUUGGUCUUGAUAAUGUAGUACUCGUGCCACAUAUUGGGAGUGGCACUGUUGAGACGCGAAUAGUGAUGGCUGAUCUUGUUGUUGGAAACCUAGAGGCUCAUUUUUCCAACAACCCAUUGUUGACCCCAGUCGUUUGAAUAUACACUCAUCAAUUCAUUUGUGCUUUGUUGUCAAUAUACUUAUUUUAGCAACUUUAAACUCCUCAUCAAUACCACUUCUAUUUCAUGGAUCCGUGUAGAAGAUUAAUAAAUAUACAAAGCAGAAUGUAGCAUUGUGUUCAUUGUGUUGGUGUUCAAAAAAUAAAUCUUGCAGGUGCUUCUAAUUUCAA